CUCCCCAAUCCUCCAAGCGACUCCUCGCCUCUCUUGCCCUUCAAACCUCCCAACAGAACGCGAUAAACGACGGCGAACUCCAACUGGAGCUCGACGUGCGCAGAAGAAGCGGCGGAGGUGGUGCAGGAAAUCUCAGCGGGCGAAGAAGACGCCCUGCGCGGGUAGGGAGUGUGAGAAGAAUCCAUCAUGCGAACCAUGGAGCAGAAAACCCUCGAAGUCAAUCGCGCACGACCGCAAACAUUAGAGGAGAAUCCGGCAAGGUCUACUGCCUACCCACCUGCGGCGCUCCUCCAGUCAUUCAGCGGCCUCUUCGAUCUCAAUGGCGUCCUGAACGAGUUCACCCGCCAGUGGCACACCCUCCACGGAGACCUAGAUUCCAUCCUCUCGUCCAUCGACCUUCGUUCUCGGGAGCUCGAUGCCCAGGGCGCCAUGGACCCUCCUGCCUCGCCUCCUUCAGCCAAGGUGAUGGAUCGCGGUGAGGAACUGCUUUCUAUUUGCGAGUCUACUAGCGGCAAAAACCUCCGCAAGUUCGUGAUUAGCCAACUCUCUGACGUUGUGUGGCUCCGCCGCGAGGUUCCUGCUGCCAUCGCCUGUGCCCCCGACCCUGCAAAGCUUGUGUUUGGCUCUUUGGGCCGCUUCUACCUUCAGGGCCGUAGGGCUUAUGAUCGUCCCUCGGAUGAUCCCAUGGUUGUCUUCCGUCGGGCUUGUAUCCUCAUCCUCGAGUUCUAUGUCUUAUCUGGAUGCACCUCCAUGGAGCUUGAGGAAUCGAUUGAGCAGAAUGCCGAGAUGGCCGCACUAUCUUGGAGGUCUCGUCUUAUCAAUGAGGGUGGGUUGCAGGUUGCAUCUGCAGUGGACGCUCUUGGAUUGGUUCUCUUCGUCGGGUCAUUUGGCAUCCCACAAGUCUUUGGGUGCAGGGACUUGUAUGAGUUGCUUCGAUUAAGCAACCUAAAGAAGAAAGCUGAUGUGUUAAGGAAUUCAGCAAUUCUAUGUCAGAAGAUGCCUGGUGCUAACAGUACUAAUGUUACAGACAUAAUCAAUGAAAUGUUAAGCAAGGAAAUGAAUGUUGAAGCAGUGGAACUUAUUUGCGCUUUUGAGCUCAAAGAGAAGCACCCCCCUGUGCCUCUUAUAGUUUCAUAUUUGCAGAAAAUUGCACAACCCGCAAAAGGUCAACGAAAGGAAGGACAAUCUUUUGUCAAAUCCCAGAGAGAAGCCAAUGAAAAGCAAUUGGAGAAGCUUAAAUUGAUAGUGAGGUAUUGUGAGGAUUACAAACUUGACCCGUCUCAACUUGCUAGCUUCAACUUUAAUCAGAAAAUUGCAAAGUUAGAAACACAAAUUUCAAAAGAUGAUGAGAGAUUGAAAAACAAACGAAAGGCUCAGGAAAUGAGUCGGGAUCAGGUCACAAGUUACUGGCGUUCUACUGCCAACCAAUCGCAUGUAGUCACACCUCACUUUGGUAAGCAACUUCUGGAAGUGCAAACUGCUUCUGUUCCCAACUCUGAGAAUUACUAUAACAGUCUAUAUCAGAGGAACACUCUUGGUGAUGAAUUAGGUGUGCAUAGUGGUAGUUCACUGACAGGGAUCAUCGGCAAUGGGGUGACUAAUCUAACAAAUACCGAUAGUGGAACUAGAGUGAAUUCACUAACAGGAAUUGCUCACCUUUCAGGAGCUGGGAAAGAAGUAGCUAUGGCAGCAACAGCAGGUAACAGCACUGCCUUUACAGAGGGGAACACCUCUCAUCAAUUUGCCAACUAUAAUGGUGGUUUCUACGGGCCGCAUGGAAAUGGAACACAUGAAGAGAGAGCACUCAGACAAAAUUUAUUGGUUCCUGCACGUUCUGAAGCUUGGAUGGAUCCAACAGCUCCAGUGGGACAAAAUGCAUACAAUUCACAGGCUUUGAGCGCCAGAUAUGCCACUAGGAGCUCAGGUGCAAGCUUGUAUCAUUUUGCAGACGAUGUUCUAGAACGUGAAUCAUACUAUGCCAACCGCAUCUUAAGCAAUCCGACAUCCAGUGUCCCCAACCAGAGUUACUACCCUUCUUACAUCAGUUGAACGAAGGGGUGAUCCACUGUGUUUUCCUGCUAUUUUGGAAUCUUUCAGAAUAUUAAACACAUAUAUUUUGUUUCUUUAGAUGAUCCUUAGGAAAUUUCUGGCCUUCGUAUUUAUGUUGUAGACUUAAAUUGAUAUUAUUCAGGGUUCUAACUACUCUCUUUGUA